AUGGAUAUAGCAGUGAAAGAACAAGACUACUCAAACGGGCUUAUCAAAAACUCCGCUGCGUUUGAAAAUCUGAAAUUUACCAACAUCAAAAAUUUUAAAGUCCAGAAGAGAUUCCAAAUACUCUAUUUCAUUCUGUUUGUUUUUGUGACGGGUAUAUUUUUCUUCUUUCUAAUUAGUACCUAUUUUUUUACCCCAAGUUAUAAUGUGAACAAAAUUGUACAGAACACCGAACAUUUAACUUUAGCUUUUAAAAUCGAGAGACCCUAUGACAAGGUAUUAAAAACCAUCUCCAAGAAAAACUUGAAAAAUUACAUCAAGGAGACCUAUAACUUUUUCAAAUCUGGAUAUAUGAAACAGAACUAUUUAGGAAGUGAAAAUGAUGUGAUCGAAUUAGAUGAUGUAGCAAAUAUUAUGUUUUAUGGAGAAGGAGAAGUUGGAGACAACCACCAAAAAUUUACCCUCAUUUUUGACACUGGUUCAGCCAACUUGUGGGUCCCAAGUAAGAAAUGUACUUCCCUCGGAUGCCACUUGAAAAACCUGUACGACUCGAGCAAGUCCAAAUCGUAUGAAAAGGAUGGAACUAAAGUUGAUAUCACGUACGGAUCUGGAACUGUUAAAGGUUUCUUCAGUAAAGAUUUAGUAACUUUGGGACAUCUGUCUAUGCCAUACAAAUUUAUUGAAGUCACCGACACAGAUGAAUUAGAACCCAUUUACAGUAGCGUCGAAUUUGAUGGAAUAUUAGGUUUAGGAUGGAAAGAUCUUUCCAUCGGAUCCAUUGAUCCCAUUGUUGUAGAAUUAAAGAACCAGAACAAAAUCGACAAUGCCUUGUUCACCUUCUACCUACCCAUCCAUGAUGUUCACGCUGGUUAUCUAACCAUUGGUGGAAUUGAAGACAAAUUCUACGAAGGAAACAUUACCUACGAAAAAUUAAAUCACGACUUGUACUGGCAAGUUGAUUUGGACGUACAUUUUGGAAAGCAAACUAUGGAAAAGGCCAACGUCAUCGUUGACAGUGGUACAACAACUAUUACCGCCCCUUCAGAAUUCCUGAACAAAUUUUUCGCUAACCUAAGUGUUAUUAAAGUUCCCUUCUUGCCAUUCUAUGUAACUACCUGUGAUAAUAAGGAAAUGCCAACCCUUGAAUUCAAGUCAGCCAACAACACUUACACUUUAGAGCCCGAAUAUUACAUGAACCCACUUCUCGACGUGGAUGACACUCUGUGCAUGAUUACCAUGCUUCCAGUUGACAUUGAUUCGAACACCUUCAUUUUGGGAGACCCAUUCAUGAGAAAAUACUUCACCGUUUUUGACUACGACAACGAGAGCGUCGGUUUUGCCAUAGCUAAGAACUGA